AUGAGCAGCCAGGCAAAAGCAUUCAGAGAAUUGAUUGGUGUACCAGCAUCUACUGCUUCCGUGCAGGAUAGUGUAUUGAUUAUAAUUGAUGCGCAAAAUGAAUAUGCAAAAGGCCACCUAAAAGUCUCCCAAGUUUCCUCAUCCCGCAAAGCCAUCUCGAGUCUUCUCGAGAAAUAUCGCGCAGCAAAUGGAGCUCUCGCACAUGUUGUCCAUCAAGUACCAGCCGGUGCUCCGGUCUUCACACCCGAUACCGAGCUUGCCGAGGAAUUCGAGGAACUUACUCCUAAAGGUAGUGAGAAAGUAAUUGUCAAGCAACACCCGGGCUCUUUCACAGGAACAGAUUUAGAAUCUUUUAUAAAAGAGACCGGUAAAUCAAAGGUUGUGUUGACGGGAUAUAUGGCACAUGUGUGUGUGAGUACUACCGCUAGACAGGCGGCUGAGAAAGGAUAUGAGGUUUUGCUUGUCGAGGAUGCUAUUGGGGACCGAGAUAUUCCUGGAGUAAAGGCGGAGGAGUUGGUCAAGACGGUUUUGGCGGAGUUGGCGGAUGCUUUUGGUACUGUAGUACAGUCCAGCGAGAUCAAUUAA